GUUUAACUUCUCCUCGUGAUAGAGAUACUCGGCUGUCUUAUCCAAUGGAUCAAUCGUCUCAUCGCCUAUUCUCUCCACCCGAUUGCUUUUUGUUAUUCUUCUCCUCUUUCCCCCUCAUUUCUUAAGCUCCAGCGUACGGAACUCACGCGGAACCCAAGCCGCUGUGCUUGCAUGGGAUUGGCCAUGAACGAUAAGCUUGCCGUCAUAGUGGACGCACUACGACUAGUAGUUGGCGUACCCCAGGUAAUCGGCGGCUUAUCUGUGGAUGGCGGUUGUGCCGAUGAAGUCUAAUCUAUGCCAGCUCAGAUAGCAAUCGUUCCAUCCCCUAGUGCCAUGACCCCUGCGGAUGAGGAGGCGUGCGCACAUAUGUAAAGGCAUUCUCACCGUCCCUUACGAUCUCUUUUGGUGUCUCGUACUCUCUCUCUCAUCCCUUCCCACACCAAAAUAUUAGAAAAAAAAAUGGCGGAUGAGAAGACUUCCUCACCUGCUACCGUCGAUAUGGAGAAAGACGUCAAGGGGCACGUCGAUCCAGAGCUGAAAGAACAUGCCCAGGAUGCAGACGAGGCAUUGAAAGCCUUUCAGGAACUCCAUGGCGAAGCGAUCGAGCUCGAUGCUGCCACAAAUAAGCGACUUCUAAGAAUCAUUGACUGGCAUAUGAUGCCGAUUAUGUGUUUUGUAUAUGGAAUGAACUAUUUGGACAAAACGACUCUAUCCUAUGCUAGCGUCAUGGGACUCAAACCGGACCUGAACUUGCAAGGCGACGAAUAUCAAUGGCUAGGCAGUUUAUUUUAUUUCGGGUAUCUGGCAUGGGAAUAUCCCACCAACCGAUUGCUCCAGCGCCUCCCCUUGGGUAAAUACUCCGCGGCUUGCAUCAUUAUUUGGGGAGCCAUUCUUUGUUGUUUCGCCGCUGUCAGUAACUAUUCUGGAGCCAUCGCUAUUCGUUUCUUCCUUGGUGUCUUCGAAGCCUCUGUUACACCAGGCUUUGCUCUGUUGACCUCGCAGUGGUACACCAAGAGUGAACAAGGCAGCCGUGUCAACAUCUGGUUUAGCUUCAAUGGCUGGGGUCAGAUCCUAGGCGGCUUUGUGGCGUACGGCAUCGCAGUCGGCACAGAAAGGCACGGCUCAGCCAUCGCGCCGUGGAAGAUUGUCUUCCUUUGCACGGGUCUAUUAACCGUUGUGCUUGGCAUUAUAUUCCUCUGGAUAGUCCCAGAUAACCAACUGAACGCCCGCUGGCUUAAGCAAGAAGAUCGUGUUCUCGCCGUCGCUCGCGUUCGAGAAAACCAACAGGGCAUCGGAAACAAGCACUUCAAGCUCUACCAGGUCAAGGAAGCACUCCUAGACCCCAUGACUUGGGCGUUCUUCUUCUUUGCGCUUAUCGCCAAUAUUCCAAACGGUGGUAUCACAAACUUCUUCAACCAGCUGAUUACUAGCUUUGGCUACACUGCCCAACAGAGUCUCCUGUAUGGUACUCCCGGCGGCGCGGUUGAGGUUGUCGCUCUAGUUCUCAACGGUUACGCCGGCCAAUACACGGGCCAGCGACUCCUUUGCAGCACCGGCGGCCUAAUUACUGCCAUAGUGGGCAUGAUCCUCAUCGUUGCUCUCCCCCUGGAAAACAAUGUCGGACGUCUGAUCGGUUACUACAUGACCCAAGCAAGUCCGACUCCAUUCGUGGCCUUGCUCUCGAUGGUCUCCUCCAACGUCGCCGGUUAUACCAAGAAGACCACCGUUGCUGCACUAUUUUUGAUCGGCUACUGUGCAGGAAAUAUCAUCGGUCCUCAAAUCUUCCGCCCCGAAGAUGAGCCUCGCUAUGUUCCCGCCGAGAUCACGAUCAUUGUCUGCUGGGGCGUCUGUUUGUUUCUCUUGGCCUUCAUCUGGUGGUGGUAUAGCAAACAGAAUGCGAAGAAGAUCCAGAUCACGGAGAGCUCAGGCUACGUACGACUGGAGAAUCAAGAAUGGUUGGAUCUCACUGACCGGGAGAACCAUGAGUUUCAUUAUUCGUUGUAGAUUCUUUUAUUCAUGUACUUGACUUUGUUACGCAGAAUAUGAUGACACUUAUCAACGACCAUUGUACACCUUUCACCCAAUAUUG